UAUUCAGACUUAAAAUGUGUGUAUUUGCUGAAGGACCACACAAGAAUGGGCCAGAACCAGAGACUUUCCAGAUUUCAAGACUGCUAAGAUGGAGGACACGUCUUUCUAUGACCUGAGGAUGAAAGUUGGGUUUCCAUAUUUAUACACUCACCAGGGUGAUUGUGAGCAUGUUGUUAUCCUCACUGACGUCAGACUGGUCCAUCAGGAUGACUGUUUGGACAUAAAGCUCUACCCGCUCAUCACUCACAAGCAUAGAGUCGUGACUCGGAAGUGUUCUGUGUGUCAUCUCUAUAUCAGCAGGUGGAUAACAACCAGUGAUGCUCUUGCCCCUACGGACCCCUGCCUGUUUUGUGACCAGUGCUUUCGAAUGUUUCACUAUGACGAUAAAGGGAACAAACUAGGAGAUUUCCUGGCCUAUGCCUAUGUUGAUCCAGGCACGUUUAAUUGAUCCCAAACCAAAAGUGUGUUCUACUAUAUAGUAUUUAGACUAUACAGUAAUAGUUUUGUUUUCUUUAAGUGGUAUUAUGCCAAAUUAUAUUGUUUGUAAAUGUAUUGACAUUUUCCAUAUAUUCACCACUGUUUUCUAAAUAAAAACAAAAUCUGGUUUCAAAAAGUGUUUUGUAUGCUGCAAAUCAGUAGCUACCACAAUAAAUAUUUUAACUGAAA